UUCCGCAGCAAAUCCAUCCCCAAGGACUCCUCCUGUCCCCCCGGAACCUCUUCCUGUGCGUCCUCAUCAACGGCCCAGGCCAGUGGCAGUAGCGGCAGUCCAGGAGCUGUGGCCACCAACGGCAGUGGCGGCAUGAAGACGGAGGAGAAAACGAACGUCCCCCGGGUGCGGAUAGCAGUCCUCGGCAACAUGAACGUGGGAAAGUCAGCCUUGACCGUGCGAUACCUGACCCGAAGGUUCAUCGGCGAGUACCGGUCCAAUACGGAUCUGCUGUACAAACAGACCGUCACCCUGGACAGCGGGGUGCUCGAUGUGGAAAUCGUCGACAUCUCGGCCGAGAACGAAAAUGAUUUCCCGGUGGAGCAGAUCCAGUGGGCCGAUGCCUGUCUCAUCGUGUACAGCAUAACGGAUCGGGCCAGCUACGAAUAUGCCCAGCGAUCUCUGGCCGAACUCCGGCAGCUGCAGAGCAGCCCCUCGGCCUAUCUGAUUGGGAACAAGGCCGACCUGGACCACUUGAGAGAGGUCCAGGAAACGGAAGGCGCCACCCUCGCCGCAUCGCACGCGAUCGGAUUCUGCGAGGUUUCCGUCGCGGACAAUUCCCCUGCCCUGUACAAAGCCUUCGAGCGGCUGCUGAUAGAGAGUCGAGCCCGCCCGGUCAAACCGCGGAAGUUUUCCGUCAGCAAAAUGUUUGGUACCCUCAUCGGCAGCAACGGCACCCGCCAGACGCCCCCGACGGCCGUUAGCCAAGGCACCGUAGUGCCCUGCCACAAAGGAGAACUCCAUAAGUCCCGGGUCAUGAAGCGCCGCCAGGCAUUUACAGCGACGGCAUCGCUAUGACCGACAUCGACGACAGCCGAAGACAGCAACUGAAUUCUUGCGUUAGUUGCCCCGUUUGAUUGGUGAAUCGUGAAUCGUGAAUUAUCGUGAGCAAUCUACAAAAUAAUCCCGGGUGGAAUUUUGUUCUACUUCUACCAUCGCGAUAAUUUUUGAUAGAAUAUAAAAUAUUCAAUCGGAGCAGUAAGCUGUUUAGGACAUAAGUCACCUUAGCCACCGAUUUCAUUGACCGUCUGAUGAUAAUGGCAAGGUAGAGGGACGCUGUCUCAAGCCAACAGAAAAUUUACAAAAAAAAGAGAGAAAACAAAAAAUAACCCCUAAGCCGAGAGAAGACGACGCCCGGCGGAAUGAACCAAAAAUGUGAUUUAAAUUUAGCAUUCUCGUCUAACGAAACAAUCUUGAAGAAAGAAAAAAAAGCGGUACCGAUGCUGAAGCGAUGUGGUUUAGAAACUAUCGUAACAUACUACUAACACACUCUGGUUAAGAAAUUGUUAGGGAACUUGUCCCAAAAUGAGAGGGAAAAAAAGGAAUUGAAAGUAAAUGUACCUACUGUUUCCCCCUCUUUCGGAAUCAAAUAUCAUGUUUUGGAACAUGAAUCGGUUGAAAAAGAAUGUAUCAACCUUUGCAAAGCCUAAAUAUUACUUAAAAUAACCCAUAAAUGUUAAGAUAUUUUUCUUGAAGCAAAGUUGUAGGUACCAUUUGUUGAAAAGGAAAACAAAAAAUUCAUUCUCACUUUUUAGUAAAUUAUUUGUGGACUACAUCGACUUUCAACUAUACUGUUAAAAAAAGGCUCAAUUUUGAUCUUUACCACAUUUCAGAGGAAAUUUAAGAAUGUAAUUUGAACAACUGGUAUAAUAUUACCAGAUUGCGGACCAAACACGAGAUAUGUAUCUCGUACUUUCUUCUCUGCAAAUGUGCUACACUCAGAAGCAUAACUCAAAUGUUAUAAUAGAAUCAUGAAACUAAAUUCAACCAAAUUAAACACAACAUUUUCAGAAGGAUCCAAAGAAAUUAAUUUCGAAAAAAAAAAUACACUUUACGGUCAGAAUUCAGAUUUGAGAAUAAAACUUAAAUACCAGAAUGAUCACAUUUUGAACGAAACAUUUAAAAAAACAAAUUAGGAAAUCAACUUUUAAAAACAAAACAAAAAAUAAGUUUAAAGUAUUUAAAAGAAAAAGUGCCAAAUUCAAGAGAGCGCAAUGAAAUUUUAUAUUAAUGGUACAGACCUCAAAUUUGAAAAUUCAGAAUACAGCGUUCAUUUGAAAUUCAGACUGUUGAGUUUGAAGAACUCAGACUAAAAAUUCAGGUUCAGAAUUCAGAUUCAGAAUUCAGAUUCAAAAUUCAGAUAUAAAAUUUAAACUCAGAUUUGAGAAUUCAGAUUCAGAUUCAGAAUUAAGAAUUCAGAUGAAAAAUUCAAAUGAAAAAUUCAGAUUCAGAAUUCAGAUUCAGAAUUCAGAUUCAGAAUUCAGAUUCAGAGUUCAGAUUCAGAAUUUAGAUUCAGAAUUCCGAUUCAGAAUUCAGAUUCAGAAUUCAGAUUCAGAAUUUGGAUUCAGAAUUCAAAUUCAGAAAUCAGAUUCAGAAUUCAGAUUAA